AUGUCGAAGGAAACCGCUACUAAAAUUGACCAUUUGAUCAACACCCAUAAGGUGUUUGUUGCUUCUAAGUCCUAUUGUCCCUACUGUCGCGCCACCAAGCAAUUUUUUUCUACCGUUUAUCCCGAUGCUUAUGUUAUUGAGUUAGAUGAAACGCCUGAUGGUGACGAAAUUCAAGACUAUCUCUAUCAAAAGACUGGUCAAAGAACUGUUCCAAACGUGUUUAUUGGUGGAAAGCAUAUCGGAGGAAAUUCCGACGUUCAAGCUCUGGGUGGAAAGAAGGCUGACCAAAUGAUUCAAGGAGUUAAGUUGUGA